UACCCGGAAGUGGGUGGUGGAGUCACCGUCACCCAACUGGUCACACCACCGUCGACAUACUUCCUGCUGGGAUGAAGCUCGCCACCGGAGAACUACAGAGAUUGUUACAAAUCUGAGAUCGCUCAAAAUCUCGUCGAUAACUCGUCGAAACGACAAGUUACCAUCAAAUAGUUUCUAGGAGAAGGGCGUUGCCAAAAUGAUGGAAGAAAUAGAUAGAUUCCAAGUGCCGAGUGCAGUGCAGGAGGCGGAGAUGCAGGCGGAGAUGCAGCCGCUGGACCCUGCCUUGUCCACGGCCUCAGAGGCAGACUCAGACACCAGAGAGGGGGAACCUGUCACUAUUAACUACAAGCCCUCACCCCUGCAGAUGAAAAUAGAGAAACAGAGAGAGCUGGCUAGGAAGGGCUCAUUGAAGAACGGCAACACUGUAGGAAGUCCAGUCAACCAGCAGCCCAAGAAGAACAAUGUCAUGGCCAGAACACGGUUGGUAGUGCCCAACAAAGGCUAUUCCUCUUUAGACCAGAGCCCAGAUGAGAAGCCCUUGGUGGCCCUAGACACAGACAGUGAUGAUGAUUUUGACAUGUCUAGAUACUCAUCGUCGGGAUACUCCUCUGCUGAGCAAAUCAAUCAGGAUCUGAACAUCCAGCUGCUGAAAGAUGGUUACCGCCUAGACGAGAUCCCGGACGACGAGGACCUGGAUCUGAUCCCGCCCAAAUCAGUCAACCCUACCUGCAUGUGCUGCCAGGCAACCUCCUCCACCACCUGUCAAAUACAGUAACCCCGCCCCUCUGACCUUCUGCCCCUUCCUCUUUCCACACAAUAUAACCCCCAAUCUUCAUCUGCUGUGAGUUUACUUCACCACCAGAGUGGCGACAGUGAAGCAUUGGUAAAGUAUUGUAAUGACAGUUAAAUGCUACGAUAAUAAUGAAAAUAAGAGAAAUAAUCAAAUGAACAUAUAGAAGGUUUGGUAUAAAAUCUAGGAUAAGGAACACGUGAAGAUAUUCAAUAGGUAUUUAAAACAUGAGUAAGAGUGGUGGUUUCCUCCUAUGGUAGGACGUGCACUUGUGGUUAAGAGCCCUUCUCCUGGUGAACAUGAUGUAACAUAACACACUGAUAUUAGUAGACAGAAAACAAAAGGUCAGUUGAUGCUGUAAAGUGAUUUCCAUUUCCCUGAAGAAUAAGAAACAUCAUCUGAACUGCUGACUCAACUGCUCUGCUUACCUGAAUUCUGGGUUGCAUUUUUGUAGUUUGUUUUUAUUUAAAUGCUUACUUUUUUUAAACCUGAGGGAUUAGUAUGAUUGUAUGUGUUGACAUGGAGACAUUUUAGAAGCGUGGAUGUCUGGUUCUGUAUUCAUUGUACUGUACAGGGUUGUUAUGUAGCACAGGCCAGGUCAUUGCACUCUUUCACACCACCUUCAGCACUUUUGCUUUCUUUGCCCUACUGGCUUGAGAUGUUUCAGUACAGAGUUUAGGGAUGAAUGUAUGAACAUGAAUGGCUGAGGAACAAACUGCAUGAAGAGCACUGGACUGAAUAAUUGAAUGGACAAUAAUAAGUAAGUAGCUUGUUGCACAUUUGAUUUUUGCCCCAUUUAUAUUGUGCAAUCAAAUGCUACUGUUGUGGCACUAGUGUGACUUGUUAUUGUUUUGAAUUUGCACAUUUUGUUUUAUAUUUUUUGGGGCCAUAUCUGUGUACUCUUUCCUGCGUAGCAGUGACAGUGUCUUAUCUGAAAUGAACUGUGUCAAAAGGGAAGAUUACAUAUCGUUGCACCGACCCUCUAACACAUGAUGCUCAUAUGAUUCACAUAUUAUCAAGGCCAAAGGGAUGGUGGGGGGCCUUGAGAUCGGUUUUUCAGCACACACUGUUGUUAACCCCCCCCCAAUAUAUCUUCUCAGUGUCACAGAACCUGACGAUCACUGGGCGCUCCUUCCUUCCCAUUUCUUUUUUCACCCCAUAGAUCAUCAAGGGAGCACACAGAUUCCACCAGAAACACACACACACACACACAUAUGCAUGCAUACAGACAUACAAUGACAACAUAAAGAGUGAGAUGGCAUCUAUUUGUCUCUUUUGACUAAUAGGUUGGAAAUUGUGUUGUAAUUGUGACAUUAAGGAUCGGAGCACUAUUCUUUAUUUACUCUCUCCCUUCCUUAAAUCAGUUGAUUAUUUGCAAUUAGAGUAUGCCUUAAGUACAGAGAAGUUUAAAAGACGUGUGUGUGUAUUUCCAUCUUGAUAAUUUAGUUUAUUUGAAGAGUAUUUGCUGUCUAUGAAGUUAUGCUUUAUUUUUCAUUUAGACAUGGGUGAUAAUUGUUUUUCUUUGGUUUAACUUUUUUAAAUGAUUUUCUUGUAUUGUAAACACUACCAUUACAGUAUUUAACAAUGUUAUUGUUAUGUGCGGUGUAUGAAAACAAUAAAUAAACACAAAGCUAAUUGAGCA